UGGAAUGGCGCCACAAGUUAGCUGCCUAUUUCGACUGUUAUUCCUGCUGCAACUGAGCCUAACUCUAAGCCUAAGAAUUGACACUGCGCAGGAGUCAAGAAGCAAUGUCAGCUUGCCAAUUUAUCGCGUCUCGCGUCCUGAACUCAAACAGCCCGUAAAACGUGUCCCGCAACAUUUGCAGGAUAUACGACCCGGUUUCGUGGAUGAUGAUGCUGGCGAUGUCAUCCGCAUCAUUGAGCCACCCCCGCACUUUCAGCAGCUCAAGCGCUUGAGGCAGAGGCAGCCACAACAGCCCUCAACAGCCGUUGUUUGGGAGCAGCCACGCAAGCUGAGCACAAAUCGUCUAAAUCUGAAGCCAGUCAAUGCAGAUUUGUUGACGCAGGAGACACAGAACCAUUUGCAGUUCCCCAUGGAAAUACUUGCCUCGGUGCGUAAAACGGAGCGUUUGUUGCAACGUCAGCGACAGCAGCAGCCACCAGUCGUCAGACAGCGCCACAUACAGCGCCAGACACAUACGCUGAUUGGCCAGAAAUCGCUGGAGCAGCAACGCUAUCAGCGGGAACAGCAGCAACGGCUGCGUGCAACAAUCAGCCAGGAGCACAAGCGGAGCAAGCGGGUGAAGCGGCAGACUGAUGACUACAAUAUGGCACAGGGCUUAAAGCUGGUGGCGCAUAUAGAUGAGUUGCUGCAGAAUGCCACACGUUAUCUGCCCGAUGAGCUGGAAAAGCAUGAAACAACAACAACAACGCCGGUAACAACAACAACUACGACAACGACAACACUUAAAUCCAACUCAAGCAACUAUGACAAAAAUCGGCAACGUCGCCAGCGGCUGUUUAAGCUGCAGGGCGCACUUAAAAAAACGACAGCGAGGCGAGGGCGCAACUUCCGCCAUGAGGCAACCACAACAACAAUGACAACGGCAGCAGCACCAGCUGCAACAACAACGACAGCAACAACAUCUGCCGAAUCAACUUCCACAUUAAGAUUGACUUCCGCAACUCCGUUGGCCAGUCGGCUGGUUAACUCACGCAAAUCCGCAAAUAAACGCAAUCAUCUGCAGCAGUUGCCCUCAUCCCGCAGCGAUGAUUCCGUGCUCUAUGCGGAUGUAAUGUUGAAUAUAUAUAAUUUGUGGCAGGAGCACGAUGUUGCCACCGCACAGUUCGUUGCCCCGCCGCAUAAUAAUAGCGACUAUCGUGAAUUGGAUGUGUAUCUCAAAGAGUUGGAUGCCAUUGCCAAAAAGUUGCCCAGUGUCUCGCCCAUAACCUCAUUGACAGGUGAGCGGGAGCUGUUGCCGGCCACGCCCACAACAACGAUCAAUUGGUAUCUGAUCAAUAAGGAGGGCAUGAUCUAUGAGACGCAUCUAAAUAGCGAUACGAAGCCAAUGUCUGCUUUGUUUCAUCUCUUUCCAGAUAUGCCCCAGACAAAUGAACCCAUAACCACGAUAGAUCUGGAGUAGACAAAACUGUUACAACUUUUAUUUAUUUAUUAUUUAUUAUUUAGUUUCUCGUUUCUAGUU